UAGAUUAACAGAUGUACGAAACCUCAAAAAAAUUGACAACUUGACACCUCAUAUAAACACAACACCCUAAGGUUAACUUAACAAAGUUACCGUAAUUCUUUAACAAACAUGGACAAUACUAAACUAGAGAUGUUUGACGAAGUGGUCACAAACGUUGAAGGGGAAAUGGUUUUACCGGGUGGUAGAAACAUGCAAAAAAUUGGGGAGCCCGACUUCAACACCUUGGAUGAACCCAUAAGGGUUACAAUUAUGCGUGAUUUGAAAGCUGUUGGUGUUAAAUUUGCACAUGUCCUGUUCCCAAAAGAAAAGAAAACCUUACUCAAAGAAUGGGACUUAUGGGGCCCUUUAUUGCUGUGCACAUUUAUGGCAAUGAUUUUACAAGGUUCUAAAAUAUCUGAAUCAAGUAAUGAUGGAGGACCUCAGUUUGCAGAAGUCUUUGUUAUUGUGUGGAUUGGUUCUAUGAUUGUCACAUUAAAUUCUAAACUAUUGGGAGGCAAUAUAUCAUUUUUCCAAAGUGUGUGUGUGUUGGGCUAUUGUUUACUCCCAACAGCUCUUGCACUAGUGAUUUGCAGAUUUAUAUUGGUUUUUCAACAAACACAUUUACUCUUUUUUAUAAGGUUUGCUGUCUCAAUGUCAGGAUUUGCUUGGGCUACUUAUGCUUCCAUGGUAUUUUUAGGUGACAGUCAGAAACCGAAUCGAAAAUUGUUAGCGGUUUAUCCAAUUGGAUUGUUUUAUUUUAUAAUUUCGUGGCUAGUUAUCUCCCGAACUUAACUAAAAAAUAUUUGUGAUUUUCGUAAUUGUAUAUAUUAACAUUAAGUACAAUUUCCUAUGUAUUAAAGACUUAUUUAUGUUUUAUAAGUAUUUCAUUCCAGUCAAUUGUAAAUAUAAUUUUAAAACUAUAUAA